AUAGCAGGCGCUCGUAGUUACAGAGUGAGGGCGGGGCAAGCAGCUGCCCAUGCUAAGGCUGGAGACGAGUGAAGAGCUGGGGCUGCGGGUGAGACAUCUGCCGGUGACACCCGCAGCUCCUCCCUCUUCCUUCCUUUCUUCUCCUUUCCUCUGCCCUCCCUGACUUGCCUCCUUCCCUCCUUCUGACCCUCCCAUAUCCUCCUCCAUCCCUGGGAGUAGAGGAGGAUCCUGUCUGUACUCACGUAUGCCUCCUCCCAGGGGUGUGCCAAGCACCCAGAAAUCCCCUGCUCUCAGCCAACUCUUCAGGCCCCGGGAACCAGCCCCGUCCAGGCUGCGUGUGGCCCAGAAGGUGUGCUCCCUGCUGAUCUGCCAGGAGGCAGUGGUGGCCGAGGCUCAUCGUGCGGAUUUUGACUUUCCAGCUCUACCAUGUCUCCAGUGCCCACGAGUCAAUGCCAGUGGGGUUUGCGAGACUGGGGAAAGUGUCUGCGAGACUCAAGGCAGCCAGCGGUGCUUCCUGAGGAAGGUCUACGAAGAUGACACCCUUUCAUAUGGAUACCAAGGUUGUAGCAGUGUGUGUUUCCCUUUGAUGCUCUUUAAUCCGGCUGUUACUUUGGAGGAGAGAUGUUGUAAUGACUCACCUUUCUGCAACAAGUUCUAAAGACGGGGCCCAGCUUUGCCCUGAGCUGGUGGAUAAAGCUGACUCAACGUACCUUUCAACUCUCAUGAGCUUUAAGACGACGUGCACUGAAUACGGGGAGAAAUCGCAAACUAGGUCUGUGUCAGGCCCAGCCACCUUUUCUCUUCCUUGUUAUGAGAUGCCACGGGGAUAUUUUAAAAUCAAACCGGGGUGAAGAGUGGUGGGCAUAGGUGGGUCCAGGCGUGCCUUCUUCCUUUCGAGGACCACACUGAUUUGCACUUUAAAAAGGCAAGGUCUGGGGUUUGUGAUUCUGCGUGGUUCUGGAGGCAGCCAGCUGAAGGAAGAGGGAGAGUCCUGAGAUGCUGAAAAGGAUAGGAAAUGAGGUGGCCAUAAAUGAUGCAUUAGUUGGUGUAGGUGGGCUGCUGUGACAAAAAUCUCUGAAAUGGCGGUGUCCUAAAACAAUAAAAAAUGAAUGCUCACCCAUGGCACAGUUCAACGAGGUGGUGGUGAUUAUUUAGGGAUCCCAGCUCCUUUCAAGUUUUUAUGCUACUGUCUUUAACAUAGUCUCCAAGGUCUCUACGGAAAGGUAGAUGAACAUGGAGAUUCAUAGGGCCGGAGCUCAAAGCGUUGUACACAAUUUCUCCCACACUCUGCUGUCCCUUGACUCCAAACAAAUUGCAAGAAAUGUGAUCUUGCAAUCUCAUGUGCCCAAAAGAAGAUCCGGAUGGUCUGAUGAACUCAGUGGAUGGAGUCCGGUUCCGUCCCCUGAGCCCCACCCUGCCCCCCACU